CCAGACCCUCCCCGGUCACGGAGAGAAGUGGAAGCUCGUGUUGCCUGGCUGGGAAUUUAUAGAGGCUUAGGGAAAAGAUGUACUGGCCCUAUUCCUACAUCUCCUUUUGCUGGAUUUACUUUGCUGCCUCUAGACUGAGAGCUGUAGAAACAGCAGAUGGAAAAUAUGCUCAGAAGUUGUUUAGUGACCUUUUUGAAGAUUAUUCCAGCGCUCUUCGUCCAGUAGAGGAUACAGAUAAAGUCCUGAACGUCACACUCCAGAUUACACUUUCUCAGAUUAAGGAUAUGGAUGAAAGAAACCAAAUUCUGACUGCCUAUUUAUGGAUCCGCCAGAUCUGGCACGAUGCACAUCUCACUUGGGAUCGAGACCAGUAUGAUGGACUGGACUCCAUCAGGAUCCCCAGCGACCUGGUGUGGAGGCCAGACAUCGUCCUGUAUAACAAGGCUGAUGAUGAAUCUUCCGAGCCUGUGAACACCAACGUGGUCCUGCGGUACGAUGGGCUGAUCACCUGGGAUGCACCAGCCAUCACCAAAAGCUCCUGUGUGGUGGAUGUCACCUACUUCCCCUUUGAUAAUCAGCAGUGCAACCUGACUUUCGGUUCCUGGACCUACAAUGGCAAUCAAGUGGACAUAUUCAAUGCCCUGGAUAGCGGAGACCUCUCCGACUUCAUUGAAGAUGUGGAGUGGGAGGUGCACGGCAUGCCUGCUGUAAAGAAUGUGAUCUCCUAUGGCUGCUGCUCUGAGCCUUACCCGGAUGUGACAUUCACUCUCCUUCUGAAGAGGCGGUCCUCUUUCUAUAUCGUCAACCUCCUCAUCCCAUGCGUCCUCAUAUCUUUUCUGGCUCCCUUGAGUUUUUAUCUCCCAGCAGCUUCUGGGGAAAAGGUCUCCCUGGGAGUGACCAUAUUGUUGGCCAUGACUGUAUUUCAGCUCAUGGUGGCAGAGAUCAUGCCAGCCUCAGAAAAUGUCCCUCUGAUAGGCAAAUACUACAUAGCCACCAUGGCCUUGAUCACAGCCUCCACUGCCUUGACCAUUAUGGUGAUGAAUAUCCACUUCUGCGGGGCCGAGGCCCGGCCAGUGCCACAGUGGGCCAGGGUCGUCAUCCUGAAAUACAUGUCUAGGAUCCUGUUUGUCUACGACGUGGGUGAGAGCUGCCUUAGCCCCUGCCAAGACAGGGAGCGGGACCACCUCACGAGGGUUUAUGGCAAACUUCCAGAGCCUAAUCGGAAAACGAACAGAAACAAACACCUUCCCAGAAAGAAGGAAAUGAACAAACUCUUAAAGAAUGACUUGCGGUACCAGAGUGAGAACCCGCAGGAUGCUGACACUUACUGUGCGCGGUACAAAGCGCUGACGAGGGAUAUCGAAUACAUCGCCAAGUGCCUCAAAGACCACAAGGCCACCAAUUCCAAGGGGAGUGAAUGGAAAAAGGUUGCAAAAGUCAUAGACCGAUUCUUCAUGUGGAUUUUUUUCAUUAUGGUGUUUGUAAUGACUAUUUUGAUCAUAGCAAGAGCAGAUUAGUGAGCAUUUGGUGUGUGGGGGUAAAUUAAUAAAAUCCCCUGUGAUCU